AUGUUGCCCUUCUCCGCCGUGACCACUCGGACAAACACGCCUGCUCCUAGCUCGCCGACAGAGGCCCGCGCCCUCUAUCCCCCGGAUGUCCUGAGCAAUACUGGCGAAGUCAAGAUGGCCGAGAGUCGGGUGUUGCUAAUCAUGACCGGAGGCACAAUCUGUAUGGUUAGAGGGCCGAACGGAUAUGUUCCUGCCAAGGGCUUCUUGGAGUCCUGUCUGAAGCCGCGCCCGUCCUUCAACGACGCCUCACCGGUCAAGCAGGUACCAGUUGCUAUUGCCGAUGGCGUCACAAAGAUGGUGGACACUCUACGCACUCCGCCGUCAAAGCAUUCCCGCAGAGUGCGCUUUGCCGCCCUCGAGUUUGAUCCAUUGCUCGACAGCUCCAGCAUCAACGCAAAGGGAUGGGGCGAGAUUGCGAGAGCGAUCCAGCGGAAUUAUACCCUCUUUGACUCGUUUGUCAUCUUGCAUGGCACGGAUAGUCUGGCCUACACUAGCUCUGCCUUGAGCUUCAUGAUCAACAAUCUUGGAAAGUCGGUCAUUUUGACAGGCUCGCAAGCUCCCAUGUCGGAGCUCCAAAACGAUGCUACGGAUAACCUCCUCGGAAGUCUAAUCAUUGCGGGGCACUACAUGAUUCCUGAAGUUUGCCUAUUUUUCAACCACAAGCUUUUUCGCGGGAACCGAGCGACCAAGACCAAUGCGCAUGACUUUCAUGCAUUCACAUCUCCGAAUUUCCCCCCACUUGCUCGGGUGGGCAUCUCGGCGAAUAUCAACUGGCCGCUGAUCGAGCGCCCUUCCACCAUGCAACCAUUCUCAGUCCAGACAAGUCUAUCAACGGCCCAUGUGGCAUGUCUGAGAAUAUUCCCAGGGAUCUUGCCGGAGAUGGUGCGAGGUGUUUUGGCGCUGAAGAACUUGCGCGGAUUGGUUCUGGAGACCUUUGGUGCUGGAAAUGCGCCUGAGGACGGAGAGCUGAUUGGCGUUCUAAAGGAAGGCGCCCAGAAUGGAGUGGUAAUUGUUAAUGUUACUCAGUGCCAAGUGGGAUCUGUAAGCCCUUUAUACGCAUCUGCAACGAGUUUGGCGAGAGCUGGCGUUGUUUUUGGUUUGGAUAUGACUAGCGAAGCGGCCUUGACAAAGUUGUCUUGCCUCCUCGCCAAUGCCGAUCUCUCAGUGCAAGAGAUCCGGAAAGAGAUGUCUCGCUCCAUCCGCGGGGAACUGACAGAACAGUCAGAGAUACAUUUUGCCCAUCCAAAUUCAUUCCUGCCACCCAAGGUGUCUUCCUUGACAGCGCUUGGAUACGCCGUUGCCAAUGGGAGUCAUGAGGAGAUCACAGCCAUCAUCAAAGAGACAAAGGAAUUCCUGCUUAAUGAAUUCGAUUACUCAGGGAAUACGCCACUACACCUGGCGGCCACGUGCACAAAUAUCGAUAUCCUUCGUGACUUUCUGUCCCAGGGGGCGUCUGUGCAUUUGCGUAACCGUGACGGAAGGACUCCUCUGUUCUUGGCUGCUGAAGCGGGGAUAGAAAGGAACGUCGAGCUGCUAAAGAAGAGUGGUGCACAUCUUCAUGCAGAUGAGGUGGAUCUGGCCAUCCUGCUUCUGAAAAAGGCUCAAGAGGCAUCUAAUGGUAAUAAUGGUGGUACUAAUAAUGGUAAUGGUGAUGCCAAUGGGAAUGGGAAUUUAAAAGAAGCCAGGGUUAGGUGCUGGAAAAUUGCGGGGCUUUGA